AUGGAAAGUCUACUUUUAAACCUCGUAAAAAUUAGAAGAAUAGCAAUAUAAAUAAUAAUUAGAGAAGAUAAUACUAAAUAGCUUAGAUUCGUAAAGAGUAUAGUAGCCAAGAGAUUCGAGAAUAUUCAGAAGAGAUAUGGAUAUUAUAAUUAAAGGGGGUCGCGCUCUAAAUCCAAUUAAAGAUGGAACUAUGUAUAAUUGCCUAAGAAUUAAAGGAAUUCUAUUCGAAAUUUAAAACUAUUCAAACCAACUCCAAUUUGA